GUCGAUUCUUGAAUCGCCGUCUAGUCUUUCGGUGAAAAUCAAAUUGUUUUUUUUUUAAAAUGACUAGUAGACUCUUUAAUUAUUUAAAAAGUGAUUUAAUUGUUAUAAAUUACCAACAAUUACGUCAUGGCCAUAAAAUGCGUGGAAAACGACCUGGUAUUGCUAAAAAUCUUCAACAACGAUUAGAAGAAAUGAAUCGUAAAGAUCCAGAAAUUGACUUCAAAGUCGACAUUGGGUUUCAACCCUCAAAAUUAUCAAGGUCGGCACUUAGUACUGGUUAUAUGGAGUACGUCAAACAAGUGAGAAAAAAUCCAGAAAUGGAGAGGAAAGCACGAAGAAAAGAGUUGUUACUCGAUCUAGAGGGUGUCAAAAAAGAUUGGUGGUCAACAUCAGCACCUCAGCAGAUAAAAACAAUUUCUGAUCAUUACGGUGUCUAUGAUGAUUUAUUUGGAGACGCAUAUUUUUAUCCAGUAUUACCGAUGGAAAUUAAAUACGAGUACAAUAGUAGUGAAAUAAUUCCGGUAGUUCAUCGAGGCAAUUUAAUUAAGUCUUCAGAAACUCAACAACCGCCAAAAAUAAACUACGAAGCUGCACCUGAUUCCCUUUGGACUUUACUACUCACUACUCCUGACGCUAAUUUUACUAGCAGAGAACUUGAGUACUGCCAUUGGUUCAUUGGAAAUAUACCCGGUAACGAUAUUGAUAAAGGCGAUCUUUUGAUUGAUUACAUGAGACCUAUUCCUCCAAUGGGAAUGGGAUUGUGUAGAUAUAUUUUUGUACUUUAUAAACAAGAUAAAAAAAUUGAUUUUGCUGAAUACAAAAAAGAACAGCCUUGUUUAGCGUUGGAGAAACGUAACUGGAAAACAUUGGAUUUUUAUCGUAAAUACCAAGACAUUAUAACUCCAGCGAGCAUUGCAUUUUUUCAAGCUGAAUGGGAUCAAAGUUUGAAAGAUUUUUAUCACAAUACGCUACAAAUGAAAUCUCCAAAAUUCGAAUACGAUUUUCCACCACCGUACAUUCGUCCUCAAGAAUGGUUCCCCUUGAAACAGGCAUUUAAUUUAUAUCUGGACCGUUACCGUGAUCCUAAAGACAUAAACAAAGAUUUCUUACUGAAGAAGUUAAAAAAAACACAUCCAUUCAAAGGUCCAGAACGACCACUGAAAUACCCACGAGCUUAUGCCUUUGAUAGAGAUAUGCCGUCUUGGUUGAAGACGGAAUUAGUGAAGGAACAAUUAAAACAGGGUAGAAUUAAUGAUAUUGAAUAAGUUAUCCACCGGCAAGGUGGUGGUGGUCCACUCCACAUCCCAUUUUCUCGGCAUGUAGGCCUUUUAACUGGUUCAAGAGGUGUUACAUAUCCAGGUGAACAAGUUACUUGAAUAGUAUCUUCAGGUUUGUACCAAAAUUUCAAUGGAGC